GGCGCCGUCUUCUCUCCUCAUGGAGGAGAGUUUCCUUCACUCUUUCAGGAGCUUGAGUCUGCAGCCGCCGCCACCCACGCAGCCGCCCCCGCCCGCGCGCCGCAGACCCCAGCGCCGGGGCAGCUUCAGGAAGCAACUCUACCUCCUGCGCGGCCUCCCGGGUUCGGGCAAGAGCACACUAGCCAGACAACUGAAGCAUAACUUUCCCAGGGCCCUGAUCUUCAGCACAGAUGACUUCUUCUUCAAGGAAGAUGGUACCUACGAGUUCAACCCCGAUGUCCUGGAGGAAGCUCAUGACUGGAACCAGAGAAGAGCAAGGAAAGCAAUGAGGAAUGGCACAUCCCCAAUUAUUAUUGAUAAUACCAACCUUCACGCCUGGGAGAUGAAGCCCUAUGCAGUCAUGGCACUUGAAAACAACUAUGAAGUUAUAUUCCGAGAACCUGACACUCAUUGGAAAUUCAAUGUUCAGGAGUUAGCAAGAAGGAAUACACAUGGGGUCCCAAGAGAAAAAAUACAUCGAAUGAAAGAACAGUAUGAGCACGAUGUGACCUUUCAUAGUGUACUUCAUGCAGAGAAACCAAGCCGAAUGCACAGGAGCCAGGACAGGCACAUGCCACCGCCGCCACCUUUCAACAGUGCAGGAUACUGGAACCCCUACUCAGGGUUCCCAAACCGGAGGGCUCCCGGGGGGUUCUCACACGACAGCUACUUUAACAGAAGGGGUGGUUACUAUAAUGGAUAUUAAGAGUUAUAUAUGCAUAUAUAUAUAUAUAUAUUUUAUCUUUACAACUGUUUUAAAUUUUCCUAAAUCAAUUUUUACUUCAAAUUUUUGUAUUUUAUUAUCUGUUCAGUUUGUCAGAGUUCUAAUGUAAUUGCAAGGUAAAUAAUCGAACUGGGGAAGUCUUUGUGCCUAAGUCACUGCUGUCAUCAAAAGGAAUUUAUUAAGUGACCCCAUGGGCCGAGGGCCUGUGCACAGUUGACUAAACAGGUACAGUCCCUUCCUCUGAGAAUGAAAUUGCAGUUGAAAACAUAAUACUAACUAUGUGCUCAGGUGCAGAGGACACGUGGCCGUGUGACUGAAUAAAACUGAACCAGUUCAUAAAGUGUUUCUAUUUUAUAUAUAUAUAUAUAUUGAAACAUUAGUGCAGCUGAUUUCUCUGUAAUAGAUGGGGAUUUAUUUUUUCACUUGAUGUUUUUGCCCUGGGAGACUCAUGCAUGUCUCCAUCUCAUUUAAAACUGUCCCAUUGCAUUGGCUGUUUGGUGAAGAUACCUUGUCCUGAGGAAUGGAGGAGUGCUGACUAAAAGGGGGAUCUUUUUGCUUUUGAAACAAAUGUAGCAGAAUUUAUAUAUCCAAAUGAAUGUUCUUCCCUUGAAAAUUGUCUCCUUAAGGAGGCUCAACCCAAGAUUGCUAUCAUUUCUCAAAACGUUUUGGAAAACCAAUCACAUUAAAUAAUGGAAACAUAGCUACGACCCCCUUUGGAUCAUUCACUUUAGUCAUUGGUUUCCAGGUGCUUUAGACUAGACUAAACUGUACUUUAGCAAAAAGCAAAGCCUACUUUUUUAAAGGAUGUCUAGGUUUAUUAUAGAUAUGUUGUUUCUAGAUUAUUAGGAAUAGACCAAAUUUGGGGUAAGUCAGUUAUCCAAGUAUCAAUCAUAAACAAGGUGGUUAAAAAACAUAAUAUGAAGACCAUCAGUGGUAGCAUUAAUAUGGCAGCAGUGGGACCGCGCACAGUGUGAAGAGGGUGUCUUAGGAAUGUCCCUUUCUCCAAUUAUAACACUGAACAGCAUCUCUUUACCAGUACUGUUUCCUUCGUGUACAUUCUCGGGAGUUUUUUUCCACUUUUCCCUUCAGACAGUGAUCGCCACCACAUGUAGCUUUUCAUUUGCUCUUGGCUAUUGUAGGAUUGUUCUCUAUAGACUCUAUUUUCUAGUGUUUUGUAAUCUCAAAUUUUUAAAGUGUUUCAAACAA